AUGAUCUCGAGUCGCGUCUUUGCCUCCGCCUUGCGCGCCCAGGCUCCUGCUCUGCAGGCAGUCAAGGCCCGUCCCGCCGCCCGCAUCUUCCAGCAGACCCGUGGCUUCAAGAACACCCCCAAGUUCAGAGAGCCCAUUCCCAAGGAGGAGCACUCUGCCCACACCAUCUCUCAGCGUAUCCGUACCCUGAAGAAGAUUCCCCCGGAGUUGAUCCCCAUCGGUAUGUCAAUCUCCGUUGCCGUCGGCUUCGCCGCCUACUCGCUCAUCCGCAAGCUCUUUACCGACAGCACCCUCCGUCUCUACAGAUCCAGAGGCCACAACCAGGCUUCGUCUCCCUCCGACACCAAGCCCUCCCACUAG